UCAUACGACCUGGUCAGUGCUCAAAAAAAACUCAUUCGGUGCGGUGCGAGAAGCGCGUGCUGCUCGAGAACCUACCCCAGAAAUUUAAUAACAAAAACACACACCCCGCACAUACACACUAUAAGCUAAGGAUAACUGCAAAGCAGGAUAAUUUCAGGAGAAUCUUUAACAAAAAGUACCUAAGCAUUGAACAAAAACACAAACAGAACCGACAAAAUGCCAGCGGAAAAAUCAAUAUAUGAUCCGAAUCCGGCCAUCAGCCAGAACGCCUACAUAUCCAGCUUCGAGGAGUACCAGAAGUUCUACCAGGAGUCGCUGGACAAUCCGGCCGAGUUCUGGUCACGUGUGGCCAAGCAGUUCCACUGGGAGACCCCCGCCGAUCCGGAGAAGUUCCUCAAGUACAACUUCAACAUCUCCAAGGGCCCCAUCUCGAUCAAGUGGAUGGAGGGCGCCUCGACCAAUCUGUGCUACAAUCUCCUGGAUCGCAAUGUCCGCAACGGUCUGGGCGACCAAAUAGCCUACUACUGGGAGGGCAACCACCCCGAUGACUAUUCCCGGGGCCUCACCUACCGCAAGCUUUUGGAGGAGGUCUGCCGGUUUGCCAACGUGCUGAAGGAUCAUGGCAUCCGCAAGGGUGAUCGUGUCUCCAUCUACAUGCCCAUGAUCCUGGAGCUGCCCAUCGCAAUGCUGGCCUGCGCCCGCAUCGGCGCCGUGCACUCGAUUGUCUUUGCCGGAUUCUCACCGGACUCCCUGGCGGAACGGAUGUUUGACUGCAAGGCCAAGCUGCUGAUUACGGCGGAUGGAGCCUGGCGUGGUGAGAAGCCCCUGUACCUGAAGGCCCUGUGCGACACCGCACUGGAGAAGGUGGAGGAGAUGGGCCACUCCGUUGAGAAGUGCAUCGUGGUAUCGCAUCUGAAGCGUGUCACUCCCUGCCAACCGGAUCAUGUGGAGGCGGAGAUACCGUGGACCGACGAUCGCGACUACUGGUGGCACGAGGAGAUGGAGGACAAGGAGCCGGCCUGCUAUCCUGAAUGGAUGGACGCCGAGGACCCGCUGUUCAUGCUCUACACUAGCGGCUCCACCGGCAAGCCGAAGGGCGUGCUCCACACCACCGCCGGAUACCUGCUGUAUGCGGCCACCACCUUUAAGAUUGUCUUUGACUACAAGCCAGGUGACAUCUACUGGUGCACCGCCGAUGUGGGCUGGAUCACUGGACACACGUACGUUGUGUACGGACCGCUGGCCAAUGGCGCCACUUCAGUGAUUUUCGAGGGCACCCCGUUCUUUCCUGGAAACGAUCGUUACUGGAGUGUCAUCGAUAAGUACAAGGUUACACAGUUCUACACGGCUCCCACGGCCAUCCGAGCGCUCAUGAAGUACGGCGAGGGACCCGUGCUUAAGCACAACCUGAGCGGACUCAAAGUUUUGGGCAGUGUGGGUGAACCCAUUAAUCCGGAAGCCUGGCUCUGGUACUACCGAUACAUUGGCAAGGAGCAAUGCUCCAUUGUGGAUACCUUCUGGCAGACAGAGACCGGUGGUCAUGUCAUCACACCACUUCCUGGAGCCACACCCAUGAAGCCGGGCUCGGCUUCAUUCCCCUUCUUUGGCGUCAAGCCCACUUUGCUGGAUGAGUGUGGUAUUGAGAUCAAGGGCGAGGGCGAGGGCUAUUUGGUGUUCUCACAACCUUGGCCUGGAAUGAUGCGCACCCUGUAUAACAACCAUGAGCGCUUCGAGGACACCUAUUUCUCCAAGUUCCCUGGCUACUACUGCACUGGCGAUGGUGCCCGUCGUGAUGCUGAUGGCUAUCUCUGGAUCACCGGCCGCGUGGACGACAUGUUGAACGUGUCCGGUCACCUGAUGUCCACCGCCGAGGUGGAAUCCGUUCUCACGGAGCAUCCUCGUGUGGCUGAGUCGGCCGUGGUCUCCCGUCCGCAUCCCGUGAAGGGCGAGUGCCUCUACUGCUUUAUUACGCCAAAUGAGAACGAGGAGUUCGACCAAAAGCUAAUUUCGGAUCUGAAGAAGAUGGUGCGCGAGCGCAUAGGACCCUUUGCCAUGCCGGAUGUCAUUCAGAAUGCGCCCGGAUUGCCCAAGACGCGAUCCGGCAAGAUUAUGCGUCGUGUGCUGCGCAAGAUAGCUGUGAAUGAUCGCAAUGUGGGCGACACCUCGACACUGGCCGACGAGCACAUUGUGGAGCAGCUGUUCGCCAACAGGCCCGUGGAGACCAAGUAGAUGCAAUAAGGUAUUGCGGCUAAGAUCGAUACCUUUUCCCCAAGGCUUUCUCCGGCUUGCCACAACGACCACUCUCCGCUCGGCCAUCGCAUUUUUACGUAUUCCUCGGUGUUGCGUAAUCCUGUAAAUCUCCCCCUACACUUGUAAUACACCUACUGCUAAAUGUUGGUCCCGUUCCGGGCUACGGCGUGUCUAGCAUUAGCCCCUUCUUAACUCUACCUAGUUCGUAAGCCAAGGCGUGUGCGUAAGUAAUCGGCCGGCUCCACGUCUGUCUAUCUGUUUGUGUUUCUUGCCGCCUGUUCACCGUAGUAGUUGACACGUUCGCUCAGCACGCACACACCACACAUUUUUCACAGCUCUUUCGUUUCUUUGUUGUAGUCGUAGCCUAAGUUCUCGCUAAUUCGUAUUGUGAUACAAAUUUAAUUAUAUAUCUUACUUAAUACUUAUGUAUGUAUUUUUAGUAGAAUUGAUAUGAGACAAAAUAUAUACACGAUUCCAGUUGUAGCCACAGAAUAA